AUGAAAUCACUCAAGGACCCACUCUCCCUCCCAAAACGAGGCUGGCUAAAGAAAAAAGGAAACAACCAAGGAUUAUGGCAUAACAGGUAUGUUUCUAUUUCAGAUCACUCAAUUAUCGUAUCCAAAGAUGAAGCAAUUACAAACAUUGAUAUUGUAAUCCCCAUGACACCAGAUGUUACUUUCGAAUUAGUUCGCGGAGCAACAAAUCCGAGAUUUCAAAUCAAGCCAUCUAAGGACGCUCAGCCUAUUUUAUUUUCUGCAUGCUCAUCUGAAGAAAUAUCCGAGUGGUUUAACGUUUUUCGAUCAAUUCAAACAACAUGCACUAAACUGUCGAUGGAUGACUUCCAGAUAAUUUCUGUUCUUGGCAGAGGUUACUAUGGAAAGGUCAUGCUUUGCAGAAGAUAUGAUAAUGAUCAGCUUUAUGCAAUCAAAUCCAUAAGAAAAUCUGUGAUAAACGAUGUUGAUGGUUGCUCUGUUCUUACUGAGAAGAAUAUCAUGAUGAAAAUCCAUCAUCCAUUCGUUGUUAACCUCUGUUUCGCCUUCCAAUCUGAUCGUAAGGUCUAUUUAGGCUUGGAAUACGCUUCUGGCGGAGAAUUGUUUUAUUACAUGGAAAAAGUCGGAGUUGUUCCAAUUGACGAUGCCAGAUUGUACAUUGCUGAAAUUGGCUUGGCUCUCUCUCAUUUGCACAAGUACGGAAUCAUUUACAGAGAUCUGAAACCUGAAAACGUUUUAUUUGACGCAGAUGGUCAUAUAAAGCUUACAGAUUUCGGACUCUCAAAGGAGUUAAACGGUACUACAGGAGCAACCACCUUCUGUGGAACACCGGAUUAUUUAGCCCCAGAAGUUGUUCUUCAGCAGGAAUACGGAACAAAGAUCGAUGAGUGGGCAUUAGGUAUUCUGACUUACGAAAUGAUUUUCGGUCGUACUCCUUUCUAUAACGAGAACAAGUCGAUUUUAUUACAAGAUAUUGUUGAAUCGGAACCGUUCUAUCCUGAAGAUGCGGAUGAGAGAAUUGUCGACUUCAUGAAGAGAUUACUCGAGAAGGAUCCAAAGAAACGCGCUACAUUUGAAGAAAUUAAAAGUCAUCCGUUCUUUGAAGGAGUUGAUUGGGAUGCAAUUCUUGGCAGAGAGUACAUGCCAAGCUAUAUUCCACAAAUUAAAGACAGGUUCUCAACUCAGAAUUUUGAUCCCGAAUUUACCAAUGAAAUCGCUGUAGAUUCAUUUGUAACCCCUGGUAUGACCGAUUUCGGCAACAUUGCUGGAUUCUCUUUUGUUCAAACUGGCUUAGCCUAA